AUGAUGUCGUCGGUGGCAAAUAACCACAACAGCUUUUCGCAACACUCCCUCAUCAACCGGGCAUCGCAGAACUCCUUUUCCCCCUCUCCGCCUCCCACACAGGUGCCUUUCUUCAAACGCGACCCCGUGACUGCCGACUGUCAUUCAGAUCGGGUUCAAAUGCGCUCCCGCCAUCCUUCUGACUAUCCAACCUGGUCGCCCCUCUCUCAGAUGUCAUCGCCGCAGUGGAUGAAUGAAGCACCCUGUGACACAGCUGCGACAUCACACAUAGGCAGCCUACCCGCUGCACACAACCUCCUUAGCUUCUCCAAGACUUCGCCAUCCGUACUGACCAAUCAGAACGGUAAAACGUUCACAACAGUUGGUGGUGGUGGCGGCAACGGCGGUGGCUCUUACACCAGUUCUCGUUUUACCAAUCCCGGUUUCUCCUCCUCGUCAACUGUGCAUUACGAGCAAAGCCUGCCUUCUCCAAUCUCCACUCGUUCUGUUGACCUUCCAUACACGCCGUUGAAACGCGAAGUUAACGACUUACCGGUACCCAUCGCCUAUUCUCAGAGUGUUGCCAAUGGAAGCCUCUCCACCCCCUCGUGCAUAUCUGGGUGGGACAAAGGAGUCAGUGACGUGCGCUCUGUUUACUCCACCAAUACCGCAUCCAGUGGAAACAUGUCGAUGGAUUUUGUCGAAGGACGUUGUCCCCCUGGCGCCUGCGAUCCCACCGCCACGGGUUAUCCGAUGAAUAAUCAGGCCUCAAAAGGUUUCCGCAGUUCGGCCCCCUCAAAUGCUUGUGCCUAUGCCAGUGGGGAAGGACAGUACGGCAGUGCUGUAGGCGCCUUUCCCACGCAUUCUGGUGAGGUCGGCGGCGAAGUAUUGAAGCCCGGCCACGUGGGCCUCAGCAACAACGACAACAACCUCCUCCUCGGCGAAUCGUGGUACAAAGAAGACGCGCAAACCGGCACCGACUUUGGCCACCGGACGAAGGAAUCUCAAGUCAGAACCGGUACGUUUAUGCCUCCUCGUGUCCUUCAGACAUUUAAGUAUGCCUCGGCAACACCCCUCGCCCGGUGCUGCAGAAUCGAGCUGAACUCGAAUUUUGAGUGA